AUGGCGUGGAGGCGAGGGGGAUGGUCCUGCCGCGCCGCCGUUGCCGCAGGCUCCCGGCGGUGCAGGGCUGGCACCAUAGAGAAGACGGCGGGACGAGAGACCUCCGACGAUAGAGCGGAAGACCCGGGCCUGCGGGUGCCGGAGGCGGCGGAGGCGGAACGGCUGGUGCAGCAGGCGCAGCAGCUGCAGCGGAUCAGAGCUCCGCUCCGCCGCUUCAUUGCCUGCCCGCAGUUAGCGCGCACUGUGCAGCGUUGCCUGCAGGGCGGAGCCAGUCCCGGUCCCCGGCCCGUCCUGCUCGAGUGCGCGCCCGGUCCUGGAAUCUUGACCCGAACUCUGCUCAAUGCAGGUGUUAGAGUGGUAGCUCUGGAAAGCAGCUCAGCUUUUCUUCCAAACUUACAGUCCCUAGAGAAUAGCCUGGAUGGACAAUUAAAGGUAAUUUAUGGUGACUUCUUCAGACUGGAUCCUUUGGUGACUGGAACAGUGAAACCACCUGCUGUGUGUUCUGACAAACUUUUUGAAACCAUGGGUGUAGCAGCAGUUCCUUGGAGGGCAGAUGUACCUCUGAAAAUUUUUGGGAUCUUACCACAAAAAAAGGAAAGGAACACACUUUGGAGGCUUCUUUUUGCCCUGUAUGAAUGCAGUUCCAUAUACAGAUAUGGAAGAGUAGAACUCAACAUCUUUAUAAGUGAAAAAGAGUACAAGGUAUUAACAGCAAAGCCUGGGGAAGUGAGGGCUUACCAAGCGCUUACUAUACUUUGGCAAGUAGGAUGUGAAAUUCAGCUAUUGCACAUGGAACCUUGGUCAUCAUUUGUAACUAAUUUGAAAAAUGGGGGACGGGCAGUACCAAAAAGCACGUGGCUGCCAAAUGACCAUUUAUGUUUGGUACGACUGACUCCUCAGCAAAAUCUAUUUACAGGAGGCUUGAAUCCCACAAAUUCAUCUACCUUUAUUUUCAUGGUGAAACAGUGUCUUGCUAGACCUAAGUCUAGACUUACUGAUAGAUUAAAUUCAUGGAGCUUGGACAAUGGUGGCAAAUUACUGAGAGAGCUAGAAAUUCCAGACAAUGCUGAAACACGUAACUUAUACCCAGAAGACUAUAGGCGUCUUUUCGAGGCCUUGCAGAACUCUAAUAUGUUUGCUGAAACCUGGUUCCAUGAUGAAGUCUUGGACAGUAUAAGGAACAUAAACUUAUAAAUCUAAAGCUGCUGUCUUUUGGAAGAUCACCUUUGCUUCUGGAAGAUUACUUUGAUAAGAAAUGAUUUAAAUAAAAUCGGAGAUACUGCUAGCAAGAUGAUUUCCUGUCCAAACAGGAAAAUAAAUUUAGCAAGUAACAAGACCCCUUCUACACAGGAUGAAAGUAACAGAUUCACAGUUAAUUGGUCACAGUCUUAUCUAGAAUGGACAAACUUGCAUCUUUUCCAGGAGCAUAUUAGUGACCUGCUGCUUUUGGAUGUACCAUUUAAAUGGAACUUUUUGUUACACUGCUGUAUAUUUACAACAUUUGAAAAAAAAAUAACAGACC